AUGGCUGAUGCUAGACGUUUACCAUUAUUAAAAUUAAUGGCUCCUGCUUUUGCAAAAUUUCCACCUUAUACAGGUCAAGAACCACCUGAUGAUUACUUAAAUAAAGUUAUUCAAUCAUGGGCAUAUCUUGAAGGGCAUAUGACAGUUCUUGAAAAUGCAAAUGCAGGAAAUUUUGUCAAUACAGUCAAGUGUAAUAUUUUAAAAUCUAUGAUGGGUGGAAAAUAUGUUCCAGUACUAGCAAAUAAUAAUCUUGAAGUAGGAAAUCCAGCUAUAAAUUCUCCAGAUACAUUACAGGCUUGGAUGAGAGCAAAAUACCAACAGGAGAUAGUUGGAAAUCAGCAAUCAGCUAUACAAAGAUUGACUCAAGAAAAAUACCAACUUUAUGAUACUUCAGAUACUUAUGAAACUAGAGUUCGGCCACUAUUAUUAGGAGUGGCAGACAAUGACAUGCAAGUUAUAGGAUUUUUUAAAAGCCACUUAAUGGGUAAUUUUUACACUUGGAUGAGAAUAGCUAAUCCAGCAGGCAUUAAUGCAUUUUUCACUGAACUAAAAAAAAUAUGGCUGGAGCAUGCACCAAAUUUGAAUGAAGCUCCUAUAAUUCCACAAUCAGUAUUUCCUAUAUCUGAUACACAAAAAAUGAUUAAUGAGACAUUAGCAAAACAAAAAUCCAAUUAUGAUGCUGAGAUAGAAAAAUUGAGAAAGGAAGUUCAAUCAUCAAAAGCACAGAAAACACAGACACCAGUUCCACAAACCGUUGAACCAGUUAGACAACCAAGAGCCCCUCUAUCAAAUUUAAAUACGAAAAAAGAUUAUGAAACUUAUUAUUUAGCUAAACACAUAAAUGAUUAA